AUCAGCCGAUUCUCGUGCGGGGAUGCCGCGACGCUAAGUUCGGACUUUUGGUUAUCAGGGAAUGUUUGAGGGGCGAGCCUGAAUAUAUAAAUGCCCCGAGGACGAAGUCUCUGCAGCCAAACGUUCGCCGUAAACGAUCGAGGCGACACGAUGUUGAAAUUGACGAUCGCUCUGGCCCUGCUCGCCCUGCUCGCCGCUGGGGAACGAGAAAGCUACGAAAAUUACAGAGUCUUCAGGGUGACGCCGACGAGCGACGAGCAGACGUCGUUUUUGCAUUACCUUUCCGAAAAUUCUCACGAGUACAAUUUUUGGAACGGACCGUCGCAGACGAACGUCCCGGCGGACUUGAUGGUCGCACCGGACGGGAUCGAGGAUUUCGAAAAUUUGAUGAACGCGGCUGACCUUCCUUACAGCACUUACAUCGAGAACGUUCAAAGACUGAUCGACACUGAAAACCCACCGCUGUGGAAGGCCAGCUCCGGUUUCGAUUGGACGAGCUACCACACCCUCGAAGAAAUAAACGCUUAUUUGCAUAAAGUCGCUGAGGAUCAUCCCGACAAAGUGGAGGUCGUUUACGCCGGGAAAACUUACGAGAAGCGCGACAUUGUCGGCGUCAAAGUUUCCUUCAAGCAGAACAACCCCGGCGUUUUCAUCGAGGGUGGAAUUCACGCUCGCGAGUGGAUCUCACCGGCCACCGUUACUUACCUCUUGAACGAAUUGUUGACCAGCCAAAAUCCGGAAAUUCGUCAAAUGGCAGAGUCCAACGAUUGGUACAUCUUCCCGGUUCUCAACCCCGAUGGCUUCGUUUACACUCAUACGAAGAACCGGCUAUGGAGAAAAUCGAGACAACCGUUCCGCGUUUGCAACGGCGUGGAUCUCAAUCGCAACUGGGGAUACAAGUGGAUGCACGGUGGGGCGAGCAGCAACCCUUGCUCCGAAACUUACGCUGGAACGAGCGCUUUCUCUUCCGUUGAAACGGCCACAAUGUCCAAGUACAUAACUUCCGUGUCCGACAAAAUUUACGCUUUCAUCUCGUUCCACAGUUACUCACAGCUGCUCUUGUUCCCUUACGGUCACACGAGAGAACACCUCGACAAUUAUGACGAAAUGUAUGGCGUCGCUAAGAAAACGGUCGAAGCACUCGCGAAGCGGUACGGCACUCAAUACAGAUACGGAAACAUUGCAGAAACGAUUUACGUCGCGACCGGAAGUUCCGUCGACUGGGCAAAAGCCGUUUUGAAUUUCCCGUUAUCUUACACGUACGAGCUCCGUGACACGGGCAAAUACGGUUUCGUCCUUCCAGCGCGACUGAUCGUUCCAACUGCUGAGGAAACGAUGGAUUCUCUCGUUGCAUUUUUCAAGGAGUCGACUGCACGUGGCAUUCCUCAAAGAUUGUAAAUCCGAAAACCUUCACAUCGAUCCCCAACUUUUUCACCGUGGAAUUUUGACGGUGCAUCAAACUUUCGAAUCCUCCACCGCGACCUUUUUCACAAUAAAAUAUCUUUCGAAUA